GACUUGACAUAUAUUCAUUCAAUAAAUUAGAAAAACGUGCGUGCGAGGUGCCUAGCGCGUAUAGUGCGGCGUAUUUACAGCACAGCGCGAGCCCCCCGCGUAAUUAUAUAAAUUUCUUAUCAUUAAUCUGUCACACAUAAAUAGUUCUCGAGUUUAUUCCUGUCGUAUAUACCGUGAGCGACGGACCGGAGGUCAUUUCUCUCCGGCGCUGAUGAAAUCAACUAUAAACCUAGAAGAAGUAGUAAAUAGAUUAGAUAAUCUUCCGUCACCGUUAACAUCCAGGAUGCCGAACAUCAAAGUUUUCAGCGGAAGCUCCCACCAGGACCUGGCGCAAAAGAUCGUCGACCGCUUGGGCAGAGAAUUGAGCAAAGUUGUAACCAAAAAAUUUAGUAACAUGGAGACAUGUGUGGAGAUCGGCGAAUCCGUUCGUGGUGAAGAUGUUUAUAUUGUGCAAAGUGGCAGUGGUGAAAUUAACGAUAACCUGAUGGAGUUGUUAAUUAUGAUAAAUGCGUGUAAAAUCGCGUCAGCCUCCCGAGUGACCGCCGUAAUUCCUUGCUUCCCCUAUGCGAGACAGGAUAAGAAAGAUAAAAGUCGUGCUCCAAUCACUGCUAAGCUCGUCGCCAACAUUCUAUCCGUCUCCGGCGCAGACCAUAUCAUAACAAUGGAUCUCCAUGCUUCGCAAAUUCAAGGUUUCUUUGACAUACCUGUGGACAAUCUAUUCGCUGAACCAGCUGUUCUAAAAUGGAUUAAGGAGAAUAUUCCAGACUGGAAGACGAGCAUCGUAGUGUCUCCUGAUGCUGGUGGUGCUAAGAGGGUGACAUCCAUUGCUGAUAGACUAAAUGUAGAAUUUGCUCUUAUCCACAAAGAGAGGAAAAAAGCUAAUGAAGUGGCAUCUAUGGUGCUAGUUGGUGAUGUGAAAGAUCGUACAGCUAUCUUGGUAGAUGACAUGGCCGAUACUUGUGGAACUAUUUGCCAUGCCGCUGAGAAGCUGAUUGAAGCUGGAGCUACUAAAGUGUAUGCUAUACUAACACAUGGUAUUUUCUCUGGUCCUGCUAUAUCUAGGAUCAACAAUGCGUGCCUAGAAGCUGUUGUCGUAACAAACACUAUACCUCAAGAAAAGCACAUGCAAGACUGUCCCAAAAUCCAGUGCAUUGAUGUAUCCAUGAUGUUGGCGGAGGCUGUUCGACGAACACACAACGGAGAGUCUGUGUCGUACCUCUUCUCAAAUGUUCCAUACUAGUUUAAUUUUUUUUUCUUUAUUUUAUCCAUACUUAGGUUAAGGCCUUUGACAUCUUCGAUAUGAUUGUUGCUUUUGUUAUGGGAGAAUUUAUAUUUACUACUACAGUUAUAUUGGCUUAUAAGGAGAAUGAAAAUAAAAUUAGCAUAAUAUGUACACAAAAUUUAAAGAAAUAUUAUUUUAUAUAAUAAUUUAAAUAGUGUUGCUAUAAAAUAAUUCUGCCAGUUUAUUGCUGUCAAAUUAAUUGUACUUGAAAUAAUCAAACUCAUUAAAAUUUUAUUGGAUUUCAAAGUUUAUAAUAUUGAGGUCAAUAUAAUCCAAGGGGAUAUUUAUUUUUGUUUGAUAAGCAACAUGCAUUUGGAGAUAACAAUAUGCGAGAAUGUCGAGCCCAUUUAAUUAGUUUUAGAUGUAAUCUCAUUUAGAAUAAGUAUAAGAUGUAUCAAGAAUAAGGCUAUCCAAGCUCUGCGUAUAAAAUUUAUGCUGUAGUAUUAAAUAUUUCUAAUAAUGUGCAUAAAAAAUUGUGACCAUUACUGCAUUAUUGGCUAUUCAUUGAAAUCAUGUUAUGCAUGUUAUGUUCAUUCUAUAUUCAUUGGCAUUCUCUCAUUUGAUUAUUUUAA